AUCUAUAACCGUCAGUCGCUUCGAGCGAGCCGUGACGUAAACAAGUAUUCAUCAGCUGUUCGACUUCGCUUUUACACGCGAUAUUAUUCACCACGAACGCAGGAAAAAGGGAAAGAAGAGAGAAUCUCUGUCGACAUCGCUAAAUAGGAGAGCAACUGGAGAAAACGACCCGCGCAGAUGUAUCGUCCGUGGAGAAAGACAUUCGUAGGCUUUUACGAGAUCGGACGCACGAUCGGAUAUUCCUCGACCAGUCUUUGAGAGUAAGGUAUUCGAGGAUUUUACAAGAUCCUCGAAUAAAGAAAAUUGGUCGCGAGCCCUCAGUCAAAUCUGGAGAGUAGAAACUGCGUGGGCGUAAGAAGAAAGGCCAAAGAGAGAAGCGCGGCGAUGAGCCGGCGACUUUACGGUGAUACAACAUUGUGAUCAGCGAAUUGUGAUAUAUAUUUGUACAUUACACACGAUACGCCGGUAUAUCGUGUACUUUAUUCAAGAAGAGAUCAAUUCCCCAUAACGACAUUCGCCAUGGCAGAAAAGAAUAGCGGCGCGCAAGAUCCGGAAAAGACUUCGUUGGUAGAUUCGACGGUGCUACCAAAGAUCCAAGCUUCCGCGUUACUCGAUAACGAGAGGACAGAUCUGAAUAAUGAUCCUGAGAACGUUCGAGCACCUAGAGGUAGCGCCGUCAGGCAAGUCCUGGCCGCGCUGGUGGCUCAGCUUGGCACCAUCAACACGGGCAUGGCAUUCGGCUUCUCCGCCAUCGCUCUGCCACAACUCCAAGAGCCAGACAGCAUCAUUCCCAUCAAAGAAGGAUCGACGGAAGAGUCAUGGAUCGCUAGUAUGUCCUCCAUCGGUACACCAAUCGGCUGCUUGGUAUCCGGCUACAUGAUGGAUAUGUUUGGCCGGAAACGUUCACUCAUCAUCACGGAGAUCCCGGCUCUGCUCGGAUGGCUGCUGGUCGCUUUCGCGACCGACAUACGCAUGAUUUACGCCGGUCGUUUCUUCGUCGGUCUAGGAUCGGGUAUGGUGGGCGCGCCAGCGCGUGUCUACACCAGCGAAGUGACGCAGCCGCAUCUUCGCGGGAUGCUAAUCGCGUUUGCGAGCGUCGGGGUCAGCACCGGAGUGCUGAUAGAAUAUGCUCUGGGAAGCAUAGUUACGUGGAAUGUCUGCGCGGGCAUCAGCGGUAUCUUGCCACUGACCGCGUUGCUAUUGAUGUUCUUCUUCCCAGAAACUCCGUCCUACCUCAUAUCGCGCAACAAACCGGACCAAGCCGAAAAGGCAUUGCAGAAGUUUCGCGGCAGUACUUACAACGUGAAUCAGGAGAUGCAAACGCUCGUGGAAUUUUCCAAUAAGAAUAAUAUUAAACGACUCACUGGAUUCCGGGAGAUUGUAUGCGCUUUGCUGAAACCAAAUGCGCUGAAGCCGUUCACUCUGUUGUUUCUAUACUUUUUAAUAUAUCAGUGGUCGGGCACCAACGUUAUAACUUUUUACGCCGUCGAAAUCUUCAAGGACUCAGGGACGAGUCUGAAUAAAUAUUUAGCCGCGGUCAUAUUGGGAAUAGUUAGACUCAUCUCUACGAUCGUGGCUUGCGUUUUGUGUAGAAGAUACGGCAGAAGACCGCUCACGAUGUUAUCUUCCAUUGGCUGUGGUUUGUCCAUGAUAGGAUUAGGCGGAUACAUGUGGUAUAAGAAUUAUACCGUCGAAAAUAAUCUUACACUCGUCGCCACGUGGAUUCCGGUCUUUUGUAUAUUCGCGUAUACCAUCACUUGCACCAUGGGCUUCCUGGUAAUUCCAUGGGUGAUGAUUGGCGAGGUUUAUCCUGUCCAAGUACGUGGUAUUGUUGGCGGGUUGACUACCAUGUGCGCGCAUUCAUUUAUCUUUAUGGUGGUCAAAACUUAUCCAUUUCUCGCCAGUUCGCUCACUCGUCAUGGUACGUUCAUUCUUUACGGUUGUAUAUCUUUAUUCGGCACGAUAUAUUUCUAUAUAUGCCUUCCAGAAACUAAAAAUAGAACAUUACAAGAGAUCGAAGAUUAUUUCUCUGGCAGAGGUAAUGCUUUGAUGACCGGUAAAAUAGGUAAUAAGCCAAAAGUUUUAGAAGUUAAAAAGGGCCAAAUAUUACCAUAAAAAAAGGACCAAUCAUGUAAUUCUUAACAUCCGUCUACUUAACCGAAUUUAUUUUAAUUAAGAGAACAAAAGAGGAACGCAUUUGUUUGUAUUGAUUAAGUUUAAUUGAAGCCAUUCUACCGAGGAAAUGAUGAGAUAGAAAAGAAAUGUUAUCACUUUAUCAAGGAUAACAUUUGUGAAAUGGGCAAAGUACUCAAAAAAAUCUGACUCAAAAAACUGACGUUUGCUUUGUGAUGCAAAUAUAUACUUAAAAAAAAUAAGAUUAAAUAUUUUUGAUAAUUGACAAUGAUGUGAUGUAUUUUUUGAUUCUAGAAUAUAUUAUUUAAGCAAGUUAUCAGAGAAAAAAUAUAUAUUUUUGUAGGACAUACUGUAAAACUAUACUGCAGAACAAACAUAUUUGUUCACAAAGCAUGAAAAUAACUAUAUAUAAUUAAUAAUAAACAUUGCAUUCUUGUAACAUCAAUUACACGAACAUAAUAAAAUAUUAAAAGAAAGU